AUGAACGAGCCGGGCGAAAGCAUCUUCAAUGAAUCAGUGGAGAACUUCGUGCGAGAUCUGACACUAUCCUCAAGUGAUGAAGACAUACGGACACUGAUGGCCGUUUUGCACUCCCUAAUGUCUGAUGGCACCUUCGGCCCUCUCACGGCAACGGUGACCCGGGGACACUCAGCCAACAAGCGGGAAGGCCAGAUGUCAGGGCGCGUCGGCCAGCAGGUGCAGGACCAGCUGGGGGAGCAGAUGGAGGCUCUGACCAAGGGCGAGGUCGAAGUCGUGCCUCAGCAGAUGGCCGAGUUCACCCUGGAGCCGCAUCUCGGUCCCGCUAUAUUGCCGUUUCAGGUUCCUGAAGGGUACUUCGUGCCGUUUCUUCCUCGUCGAGCCUUCGGCGUGGUAAAUGGCGCAGUGCGUCCCCCGCACGGCCACGGGACCUUCUACGUGCACCGCCCUCCCGGCCUCGUCGACGUGCCCAACUCCCCUGCCUUCGGGUUCCUCUUCAGCGGCUACAGGAGGUUCGACCCCGAGGCCCCACGCACGACCCACGAUUUCCACGCUUCUCCUGCCAGCGCGUUCGAUGAAUCCGCCCUGGUUGAACACGGGGAAGCCCUGGCCACGGCGGAUGUGGAGGACGUACUACCCUGAUCGAGAGCAGUCCGUGUAAUUUUUUAUUGGCAAUA